AUGGGGAGAAAAACUUACAUUAGGCGCCACGAGCUCUUCCCCAGGCGAGAUGGGGUCGACAAGCGCCACCAGCGCUGGGAGUGGGGACUCCUUGGGCUGCAGCUGCACAGGCGAGGUGGCGGCGGCGCGGUGAUCCGCCAUUCCAACCAGCCCUUUCCUCUUCAGCUGUGGUGUGAGAGGGUGAAUCCGGAAAACAAGGCAGCUUUGGAGGCAUGGGUCAGGGAGACGGGCAUCCGCCUGGUGCAGGUGAACGGGCAGAGGAAGUAUGGCGGGCCACCCCCAGGCUGGGUGGGCAGCCCGCCGCCGGCCGGCUCAGAGGUGUUUAUUGGGCGGCUGCCCCAAGACGUGUACGAGCACCAGCUGAUCCCACUGUUCCAGCGCGUGGGCCGGCUCUACGAGUUCCGCCUGAUGAUGACCUUCAGCGGCUUAAACCGUGGCUUCGCCUACGCCCGCUACAGUUCGCGGCGCGGCGCCCAGGCCGCCAUCGCCACGCUGCACAACCACCCGCUGCGGCCCUCCUGCCCGCUGCUCGUGUGCCGCAGUACUGAGAAGUGCGAGCUGAGUGUGGACGGGCUGCCUCCGGGGCUGAGUCGCCGCGCGUUGCUGCUCGCGCUGCAGCCCCUGGGUCCCGGCCUGCAGGAGGCGCUGCUGAUGCCCAGCCCUGGGCCCGCGCCCGCGCAAAUUGCGCUGCUGAAGUUCAACUCGCACCGCGCCGCCGCCAUGGCCAAAAAAGCCCUAGUGGAAGGGCAAUCACGCCUCUGUGGAGAGCAGGUGGCCGUGGAGUGGCUCAAGCCAGAUCUGAAGCAGCGACUCCGCCAGCAGCUGGUGGGCCCCUCCCUGCAGUGCCUACAGCCAGAGGGCAGUCGGUUGGCCCUGGCCAGGGACAAGCUAGAGUCCCAAGGGGCUCGGGGUGCCCUGCAGCUGUUGUGCCAGCGGAUGAAGCUGGGCAGCCCUGUGUUCCUCACCAAGUGUUUGGGCAUGGGCCCUGCUGGCUGGCACCGCUUCUGGUACCAGGUGGUGAUCCCUGGGCAUCCAGUGCCCUUCAGUGGCCUCAUCUGGGUUGUGCUGGCCCCAGAUGUGCAGAAUGGGCAUGAGAUGGCUAAGGAUGCUGUGUCUGCAAGGUUGCUAGAGGCACUGAGUGCCUCUAGAGCCAGUCUUAUACCGACUGGUGGGGCUAAGGCAGGUACCGUGGUUAAGCAGUGACCAUGUCCUCUUCACAGGCAGCCCAAACGAGUUGACAGAGCCUGUGUCAGUCCCCAGCCCAGCAGGCCUGGGCAGCCACCAUCGGAUUUCAAAGGGGGAGGAACAUGGGCUCUGCCCUACCUCUGACACAGCCUCCCCUUUGGGGCAGGGCCCCAGUACACCUGGGACAGCUCUGGUUUGGCUAAGUUGUGGUGAGGGACCUUGCCAUGCCCCUCCCAGCCCAGGGACUAACCUUGGCCCUUUGGUAUUCCUUGGCCGUUCUGUGUGAUACAUACACAAACCUUCCUCCUCCUCCCACAGCUUAAUAUGAAUCUCACUUCUUAUUUUGUUGAUUUGUCAUUUUUGUUGAUUUUAUUUGGGGGCUGGCUGAGCCAAAGGUUCAGAAAUCUGCUUUCUGUCCCCAGUACUUUACAUUCUGGUGUGUGAUGUUGGGUUUUUCUAUGCUGGUUGUAUUUAUAUUAAACCCCUGGUUGGUGUA